GAAAUUUGAAGAAACUUAAGUUGUAUUUCACCAUUUUUCUCUCUAUCGCAGUCGAGCCUCCUGGGUUGAUCGAAACCUGUCUUUUUUAGGGUUCCGUCCAAUUAUAUCUAAAUCCACAUCUAUAUAAUAAUCCUAAUCCUGAUUCUUCUAAUCCCUCUCUCAGAGAGAAGUUUUCAGAUUCCUAUUUCACCGCAGUAUUUUAAUGGCUUAUUCACCAUCAGAGUCAAACCCAGUGUUGUUGUUGUUUAUACGCUUCUUCAUCCCGAUUCCGAUUCCUUUUAGUUCUGCUUCUUCCAAUCCUCGUACUUGUUCACCCUUCGCCAUUUCAAAUUCCGAUUCUUUCUUGUAACACCUUACAAAUAAUACAUAAAACCCUUCAACAAAUCAAAGCAAACAUACAGAGCCCUAAAACCAUGGGAAAACGUAAUUCUCAACGGAAAUGUGCUGCAAUGUUCGAUACCGAUGAUGAUAGUAGCGUGACUUCGUCAUCGACUUCGCGUUCUGAUAUGAUGUCGGUGUAUGGGGGUGAAGAUGUGCAAUUUUAUCAAGAUUCUGUUCUCGACCAAGCUCUGGAUGCCUUAGAUGAGAAAAGGGGUUCCACAAGGGAGAAUGCUUUGUCAUCGAUCAUUGAUGCAUUCAAUAGCAAUAUUCAGCAUGAUUUUGUGGAGAAGAAAUUUGCUACCUUACUACACCAUUGUCUUGCUUCAUUAAAAAAGGGAUCUAAAAAAGCAUCUGCUAAGGAGAUAUCUUUGGCAUCACACGCCAUUGGUUGUUUGGCCUUGACUGUUGGAUGCGGCAAUAAUGCACGUGAAAUAUUUGAAGAAUCAGUUCGUCCUCUAGAUGAAUCUCUUGCGUCCAAGUCAGAUGUUUCAAAGGUACCCUCAUUGCUUGAAUGUUUGGCUAUAAUAACCUUUGUUGGAGGGAUCGAUCAAGAAGAAACAGAACAGUCAAUGGACAUCAUGUGGCGAGUGAUCCAUCCCAAAUUAGGUUCCAAUGUGGUUGCAGUCAAACCAUCUGCCCAAUUAAUAACUUCUGUGGUGUCUUCGUGGUCUUUUCUCCUGUCUACCAUGGACGAUUUGAACCUAAAUUCAAAAAAUUGGCAAAAUCAAAUAUCUUAUUUAUCGGGUCUUCUGGACAAGGAAGAUCGGACUGUACGAAUUGCUGCUGGUGAAGCUUUGGCUCUUAUUUUUGAGAUUGGAACUACAGAGAAAUUUUAUACUGAUUCUAGGAGUGCAGAAGAGAGUAAAACACAAGAAAGUUACAUAUGUUUACAAGGAUUGAAAGGGAAGGUCAUAAAUCAAUGCAGAAACCUUUCUGUGGAGGCCGGUGGCAAGGGUUCUGCCAAAAAGGAUCUUAAUAACCAGAGGAGCUUGUUCCGAGAUAUUUUAGAAUUUUUUGAGUAUGGUUACUCCCCCGAAACUUCAACAAAGAUUGGUGGUGAUUCCUUGCAGACAUCAUCGUGGUCCCAAAUGAUUCAGUUAAAUUUUCUCAAACACUUUCUUGGGGGUGGGUUUAUUAAGCAUAUGCAGGAAAAUGAGUUCCUUCAUGAUGUCUUUGAUUUCACGCCGAAGAGAAAGUUCAAUAAUAACGAACAGAGAAUGUCUGGUGGUGAGAAGAGAUUGUUUAAGUCUCCAAAUUCAGUACUGAACAAGGCUAGAACCCAACAUCUUAAUAAGCAGCGUUUGCAAGCUGAGGGAAGGAACUUCGGCCACUACGCUGUCGGUGUCCCUGAGGAGGAGGCUUGAGCUGCAGUGGGAACAACAAUAAUUGCGUCAUAUGGAGGGUAUUCGACAAUUCAUUUCAUUUAAUUUUAUUCUUCAGCUUUGUGACUUUAGAUUGAUAUUGCUUUGACAUUGAUGAUAAAGAAAAAUGUAUACUUAUAUUAAGUCACCAGGGCAUAUCUGCAGCUGACAAUACGGCUUUAUGUGUAAUGGUCUCUUUUUCAAGCAAUAAUAUAGGUAGGUCAAUUUGUUUAAGAAAAAUUAAUAGCGAAUUUAGCUAGUUGACUUUAGUUUGGUUGAGGAUUUGGAAAGGCUUCAAAUAAACAUAUUGAUUUGAACAUGAUUGAAAAUACAAAACACAAGGUUGAUUCGCUUA